AUGCCUUCGUGGACACAUCUAGUCCGCUUCAUCGCUGUCGAAGAUAGCCAGGAGCAUCUCGGCCAGCUUGUUGAUACUACUCGAGAUGUUGGUCUAGACAGCGCAGAAGGCAAGGAUAUACCAGUGUAUUUGAUCGACGGAACAAUUUUCGACGGCAAAGUAACCAAGGAAAUCCUCCACGUCAAACAACUUCUCUCUCCAGUUUCUAGAGAUCAAUGUAGCUACAUUCGAUGCUUAGGAUUGAAUUAUACGGACCACGCCCAGGAAGCAAGCCUACCCAUCCCCAAAGUCCCAAUCCUCUUCACAAAGCCCAGAACGGCCCUCAGCGGACCUUAUCCCGCCGCAAUCAACAUCCCGAAAUGCGCACAGGACGAUACGAGCGAUUACGAAGCCGAGCUUUGCAUGGUCAUUGGCAAGACAGGAAAGAACAUAAGCGAAGAGGAUGCCUUGGAUUAUGUGCUAGGCUACACCGCGUCGAAUGAUGUAUCAGCCCGCACAUUGCAGUUGCUUACGGCCCAGUGGUCUUUUUCUAAGGGUCUUGAUGGAAGUUGUCCAAUCGGUCCUGUUCUCGUCGCUCCCUCCGUCAUCAAUGACCCCCAGACACUCGGUAUCAAAGCCAUUCACAACGGAACCACAGUUCAAGAUGGCCAUACGAGCAAUAUGAUCUUCAACAUCAAAAAGCAAAUCUCCUAUCUUUCACAGGGGACUACUUUGGAGGCAGGCACGAUUUUCUUGACUGGUACCCCUGCAGGGAUUGGCUAUUUCCGUCAACCGAGAGUCGUGCUCAGGGAUGGUGAUGAGAUUUCAGUCAAGAUUGAUCAGAUCGGGACUUUAGUGAAUAAGGUUCGCUAUGAGAAUUUCGAGCGUGAGCUUCCAUCAGGUGUCAGUUUCCCGAACGAAUGCAUAACUGCAUUCAACGAGUUCGCCUUUACGAAAGGACCAGAUAAGCUUACCUUUGUCAUUUACAAAAUCUCCGAAGAUAAAAGUUCCGUCAUCGUAAAGGAGACUUCUUUGGAUAAGGACCAUGACGCUUUCAUCCAAAACCUCACUUCGUCUGUUGACCAGGGAGGGAACCGCGCACCUCAUUACGCAGUCUACGAUGUGGAGGAGUGUGAUCUGAACGAUGACGGUCGAAGGUAG